ACCCCCACCACCACCACGUGCGUCUCAAUGGCGGCGGCGGCGGUCUCUAGGCGCGGGGUCUCCCUGGUCGCCGCUCUUCCCCGCCUCGCCGCCUCCACGGUCUCUACGGGGGCCUCUCGUCCUCCACCCGCUCUUCCCCGCCUGGCCUCGCUGGCAACUUUGACCCCCACGAAGAUCUCCACAAUCCCCGCCAUGCACCGCUCCGCAGUCCCCUCUCGGGGUUCUGCGGUCGCUGCGUUCGUCUCCGGGGUCAGCCCAAAUCCGUUUUUGCGCAGUCCUUCCUCAGUUGUACCCCCUCGGGGGGCUUCUACGAGCACACCGAGCGGCCCUUCGCGUGCGUUUUCUAGCGGAGCCCGUGGUGACGACGAGGAUGGAGAGGAGGAUGAUGAUGAUGAUGCGACGAGCGGCAGGAGGAGGAGGAAGAAGAUUUGGGAUCCGACCGCGACAGAGUCUGGCGAGGACAUGGAUGAGCAGCAGCAACAACAGCAGCACUUGUCUGAGAUGGAGGCCAUGCUGGAUCCCAGAGCGCAUGUGGCGGGGGACAUCGUGGGGAUGUCUCUGGACGUUCUGGUCGCUGCUCUGCAUCAAGAGAACGGACGUGACCUCUGUGUCAUUAAUGUUCCGCCAGAGCUCAACUACGUGGACUACUUUGUGGUUGUCACCGGGAGCUCAACGCGACACCUGCGCGCCAUGGCCGAAUACACGCACAGCUUGUACAAAUAUCUGAAAAUGACAAAGUAUGAACAUGUACGCAUAGAAGGCCACGACACUGACGACUGGAUGUGUAUAGACUUUGGUAACAUUGUCGUUCACUUCAUGUUGGAGGAUGUGCGCGAGCGCUUGGAGUUGGAGAAGCUUUGGACUUUACGCGAGGACGAUGAUCAGUUGUCGAGCAUCCCAUGUGAAACCUUCCCGCUGGAGUUUGUCGGAGAUCCUACCGAGUUCUUUAAGCAAGAGGUGCUCACAAAGAAGACCACCCCACAUGCUCCAUUCGGGUGAAUGAACAAAAGUUGAAUUUGUGAAUGCUGUCAAGAAUUUGUAAACAUUUGGUCAUGCCAGCCUGUGGCACCUUUGUAAGUUGUGUUAUAUAUGUUUUGCGAAAUAAACGUUUCCCGUUUAGUUUCUUG